AUGGAUCGACACGCGUUCUUCGCCGCGCAGGCGUGGUUGACGGCGACGACGACGCGCGCGCGCGACGGCGCGCGUGCGAGCGACGACGGCGACGGCGACGACGGCGCGACGCGCGAGCGCGAGGAGAUAUACGCCGGGACGUGCUCGUUUUCGUGCGCGGACGAGGAGCAGUACGAGACGCGGGCGAUCGCGACGAUGGACGGCGACGACGCGGCGGACGACGGGGAGGACGACGCGGCGGACGACGGGGAGGAGGACGCGGCGGAGAAUGGAAGAGGGCGACGGCGCGCGCGGCCGCGCGGCGCGCUGGCGAGAGAUGCGCAGCACUUGACGUUCGGGACGACGGCGACGCUGCGCGACCCGGCGAGCGUUCGAGUGUCGUUCGCGGCGGUGAAAACGACGUUCGGAGCGAGCUCGGGAACGGGGUCGGGAUCGACGAGCGUGGGGGAUGCGACGACGGCGAACGCGCGCGCGCGAAUUGAGCUCGAGUGUGAGCUCGACGGUCAGACGUACAGGAUGUCGACGCGAACGUGCCGCGCCGUCGUGAAAUCGUUCAAGGAGACGGCGCGAUCGGGGCACACCGAGGCUUUUCCGCGGUAUUUGAGCGUCAUUUUCCCUCACGUCACCAUGAACGUAUACUCUGCCGCGGAAUCCGACGCUUCGUGGGACGGUUUGCGCGCGCUCGCGCGCGCUUUGACGGACCCCGCGCUCGCGACGACGAAGACGACGACGACGACGAGCGAAAACUACGACGACGGACACGACACCGACCCCGACGGAAACGAUCCGAGUCCAGUGGGCGUGGGGAAGCCGAAUCCUCUUCCACGUUCGAUCGGGAACGAGAUCGAUCUCGAGACUGUCGCGCUCGCGGACGCCGACGCCUUUGCCGCGCAGCGUUUCGCCGCCGACGCUCUCUGCGACGCCGCUCGGCUCCUCGUCGCCGACGGCGAUCCGUGGCGAACGCUUUCGCACGACUUGCUCGCUCACGGCGUGCGCGACGUUUUCGCGGACGAUCCAUCCGCGUACGCCGGGCGCGCUUUUCCAGGCGACAAGUAA